AGCCGCUUGUUGGAAAUGAGUUCAUUGUUUUGUUUCUCAGCAUUGGCAUUGCGUCUGCGCUGUAAACAUGCGCCGUCAGUAUCGAUUGAAGAAUGGAUAAAAAUUCUUUCGUGCAUAUCACGUCGAGUUCCAAGCGUUUGCCUGCCAGCAGCAGUUGUGAAAAGUCACCUUUGUAGCCAGCCAUUGUGUGCCCAGAGAAGCACGAUUUACUUGUGUUUAGCUGUUACGACUUGCAGUGCUACUGGACUUAGUGGUCCGUACCUCUUUUGGGGUCAUCACAGUGUCAUUAAUUUGCAGCCACGCGCCCUUGUCGAGGCCAGCGAAGAAGAUCUCACCAAUUUGUUUCAGGACACUAAGGCAAUUGUGAUUUUUGUGCGGAAUACAACUGGACGCAUUGAUGGCAAGGCAUAUCCGAGAUUUCAGCAAGUGGUGAAGUCCAACGCUUGGGCCUAUUUGCCACAACAUUUUCUUGCCGCGGAGCCUUUUAACUACAAUGCCAAUAUAGAGGUCAUUAAUCUAAGCGGCAAUGCUGAAGAAGAAGACGAAUCAAUUGUUUCUGGCUAUAAUGAUGCGCUUACCAUUUACGGCGAAGGAGAGGUGUUGGGCAUAUUAGCGAGUCGCGAAGAUGACACACAUUACAUUUCUAAAAGAGACGCUAAAGAACGUGAAGAACGCACAGAAGAGGAACGCGGUGCAACGACAACUUCCCAAACACCAACCGCUGAGGAGGAAGACAAGACUUUCAUUUACGUAGCACUUGGCGACAAGGCGGUGCUUUAUGUAACUUCGGCUCCAGUAAUUAAUAUCACCGGCAGAUUAAACGACACCAAGCUAGUUUCGCAUAACAAAGAUGUCACUUUUGAUGAUCAAAAGGGUAAAGGUUAUGGACGUCUCAAUAUUAUAUUCUCGGUGGAGACACAGAAAUUAUUCUUGCGCUUCAAUUUCACAUUGAGUCGUGGUUAUUGGUACAUGAAGGCUGUUGAAGUGGAGUACAAUGAUUACAAAGCGGUGCUACCAGUUGUGGGUACAAUCUAUAGCAUUCCGUCGGCACCAUUAGGUUUUUCAUAUCGCUGCUCCUCGCGCAGCUUACAAUUUGGCAAUGACAGUGACAGUCUUGUCAUAAAUGACUUUCAGGUGCAACCCUGGUUGAAUGGUGUGCCACAUUUUGGCGAUGUUUACGAUUGUGUUGGCUUUACAACUGCUCCUAUUUGGGCUGGCAUUUUGGUAACACUAUUCUUGGUCGGCAUUUUGUCACUGGGAUUGAUUGCAUUGAUGGAUAUUAAAACACCAAAUCGAUUUGAGAGUUCACGCAGCAAGCAAUUAUCACUCUUUAUACAAGAGUAAAUAAAUAUUAUAGCUUUACGUUUAAGUCCAUUCUACUGUGGCCACUUAAACGCUCGCUGUUUAUAGUUCGGCAUAUUAAGCAUAAUCAAAUGUGUAUGUAAUUUAGGUUGGAAAUGUUCAUACUGAUUACCUACGGCAUAGCAAAUCCCUUUGUGCUCCUAACAUUGGCCAUCGAAUUUUUCCUCAUACAUUUAUUAUUUAUUUUAAUUGUUAUGUAUGUUUACAUCUUACUAUUAUAUUAACCCUUAAAUGACUAUAGUGUUAUGAUGCUUAUUAGCCAACAAUAUCUGGUUAAGCUAUAUAUGAAUAUAGGUAGUUAUGUGAAUAUUCGAAAUAAAUACUCAUUAUUCAAAAGAAAUA